AUGGGGAAUAUUUUGGUGAGUAUCGUUCAGAUACAUCCAUAUACAUUACCUGGAUUUCUUAUAGUCUUUACCUGGGCUGCGGCUGUUAUUCAUGCAAUUUACAAAUUUAUCAUCGAAAAGCCAUGGGGUGCAGUUUCAAUUCAUCAAAGGAUGAUCAACGAGAAUGAGGUUAAACGACAGCGCCAUAUUAACGAUAUUCAUUUGAGAGUUAGCACCAAUGAUUCGGGUAUUUUGGAGCAAAGAAUGCAUAUUUUGUCGUUGAAUUUCUUCGAAUUGCGAGGUAAGCCAUUAUCUGUUUUAACUGUUCGUUUUUAUUAUAAAGUUUGA